AGCGCCGUUACCUUCUCGCCAGAGCAGUACCUAUUGAUCUACUCACAUUUGCAUGUUUUCGAACUGCUAGGUUGGCAAGAACUGGGGCUAACAGCGGGCGCUCAUUCUGCUCCCGGGAUUUGAACCUGGGACCUUUUGGUCCGCAAGUUCAGCAGCUCAGCACUUUAAUGCACUGUGCCACCAGGGGCCCCUGACAGGAACUUACUACUGAGUAAUUAUGCAUAAGAUUGUCAUUGAAAACCCACCCGAAUAAGCAACUGUGAUUUAUUUGAAUGGAUUGCAAUCCUGAUUUUUUACAUAUGCAACUUUUACUCUUGUUUCCUAUGUUUCAGUUUUUCAUGAGUGCAUUCCUUAUGUGUAUUCUGGUGAGCUGGAUCCUCUGGUAGAGCAGACAGAUUGUUCCUUUGUUUCCAGCUUCAUUUCAUUGCAGACUUUGUUUAUCACCAAGGCGAUCUUGGAAAUAAUUUUACAUGGUGGAGAAGCAAGUUUGGACGAAGUGUUAUUUUCUCUUUUCCAGCAUGGUGGUCAGAGACAAUAGGAAAAUCAACAGCCUGGUGAUGACAUGGAAUUGAACCUCUGGGAUUCUAAGGCUUCAUUUUUAACCCCUGAGCCAAAAGGAAGGGAUUAUGGGAUUCCUGGUGUUGCCCAUCACGUUGUCAUAGAAGCCUUUCCACAGGAAAAAAGAAAGCAAAGAAUAUAGGAGUGAUUCAAGGGAUGCGAGGUGAUGGGUGUGUGCUUCUCUUUGUGGCAAAAUUUAAAUGACACGAUGGUCCUAGUCCCAUCAAAAUGACAGUAACUUUCCAGAAGAGUUGCCCAGAGUUUGAGUAAAUGGUUAUGUAAUGGAUGACUUUCAGGUGUCCUUGAAGUAAGAGAACUUGCUUUCUCCAGAGCUCGGAGAAGGUUCCAUUGUCAUAGCAGAUUAAACAUCCCUUAUCUGAAAUGCUUGGGUCCUGCGUUAAGAGUGUUUUCAAAUUUUGGAAUACUUAUGUAUCUAUCUAUGUAAAAACCAAAAUAUGUUUAAUGUGUUGUUGAAGGCUUUCAUGUCCAGAAUCACUGGGUUGCUGUGAGCCUUUCAGGCUGUAUAGCCAUGUUCCAGAAACUUUCUCUCCUGACGUUUCACCCACAUCUAUCGCAGUUACCCUCAGAGGUUGGAAAUUAGCAAGUGAGGUUUUUAUAUCUGUGGAAGGUUCAGGGUGGGAGAAAGAACUCUUGUCUGUUGGAGGCAAGUGUGUUUGUUUGUUUGUUUGUUUGUUGCUUUGUCUGUUUUAUCACAAAGGCUCCCAUACGACUUGAUGGAUCUGGACCAAAUGUGGCACAAAUACCCUUCAUGGUCCAAACUUAAAAUAAUUGAGUGGUUCGAACUAAAAGAAUCACCCCUUUCAGGCCAAGAGAUGAUGGAAAGAAAAUCAGCAAAGUAGAUCUGCUGCAGCCAGGUGGAUUGUUGCUAGGUGAAGUGGCCCUUUUUGAUGUCAUUGGGAAACAAAGGGAGUGAAGUGGCUUGGCUGCUGCUUAGUGACUUGUGUAUGGGGGAAGGGAGGGAGGGAGGGAGGGAAAAAGGAAGGGAUAAGGAAGGAAGAGGAAAGGGAAAAAAGGAGGGAAGGAAAAUAAAGGAAAGAGGCAAAAUAUGAGGAGCGGGAAGGAAAGAAAGAAAAAGAAGGGAAGAAAAACAAAGGGGGAAAGAAAUGAAGGAAGUUAAGGAAGAAAAAGAAGGAAAGAGACAGGAAUGAAGAGAAAGGAAAGAAAGAAGAGGGUGGAAAAUAUCAGGAAACUGGCAUCCUGAAUGAUGAUAUAUGAGGCAGUUCCCCUCCUCAUCCGUUAGACCACUUAGUAACUACCAAGCGGCACCAACAAACACGACAGCAUAGCCGAUUUUAUCUGCUGAUCCCAGCAGCUAUAUAUCUUUAUUUUACAAGUAUUUACAAAGUAAACAGCCAGAGCUGCUCGGACACAUCUUGACACAUCAAGAGCGAAUCAUGGAGUCUCUUUGUUGUUCUUAUCAGUGAACCGAAGCCACAACCCACAUUCCACAGUCUAUGGCAUAUCUUCCUGCUAUGUAGCACAAAUGGAAGUCUUGAUGCUUUGCCCUUCUAGCCAUAAAUCAGGGCCCUCUGCAAUUAACCACUUAACUACUGGAAUGCUUACCCGAGUGAAUAAACACACAUAGCAACAAUGAAUUAAACAUUUCACUACAUAACACAAAAACCGUAACAGAAAAUGUAUGAGAAAAGGAAGGAAGGAAGGAAGGAGAGGGAGGGAGAAGGUGUAUGAGAGAAACAGGGAAAGAAAAGAAAGAGCCACAAAGCUUCUCCAAAGAGAGUUGCCAGAGCAUUGCCAUAGAAACAUUGUGAGGUAGGCCUUCUCAGAAUUGGAGAAGGGAAAAAGCAAGGAGGCAGCAGCCCAUCCAACACCCAAGGUGUAGUAGGCAUAUAUGCUAAUGUGUGUGUAAACUGAGUAAUAUUUAUUUAGUUUUCUGACUACAGUGCAGUUACAAAUCUGUAACUAUAUGUAAUUAAUCCGUAAUUUCAAUAUGCAGUGGUAGAAAGAUAAAUGCACACAAACACAAACAUCAUUAAAUCUUGGAGAAUUCAUCAACAGAAAGUCCAAUGAGAGUCUGGGAGCAAUGUUGGGGACAAGUUCAUGUCUGAAAAGAUGACUUAAAUUAACAUUGUAUUGCUAUUCCGUAUAGUGGUUGUCUCUGCAACAUCUGUAUAACAGCAGAGUUGAAAGAGAAAAAGGUGUGCAUACAUGAAUCUCCCCUCUUGACCAUUUAUGUAAUCUUCCUGUGUUCUGCCAUAGUCUAGAUCUGAUGGAUGACAAACCUAUCAUCCUAAGACAGAGCAUGGCAUGAUGGGAGUUGUGGGCUGGCAUAUCUGAAGGGCACCAGGGGUGAGGGUGGGUUUAUACAAAUAUGUGAGGAGGAAUUGAUUUCCCUCUUGCAACUGUCUCUUUAGACAACAUUGAUUUACUGGGUUGCUGUGAGCUUUCUGGGCUGUACGGCCAUGUUCUGGAAGCAUUAUCUCUCGAUAUUUUGCCCACAUCUACAGCAGGCAUCCUCAGAGGUUGUGAGGUCUGUUGAAAACUAGGCAAGAGGGGUUUAUAUAUCUGUGGAAAGUCUAGGGUGGGAGAAAGAAUUCUUGUCUGUUUGUGGCAAGUGUGAAUGUUACAGUUGGCCAUCUUGAUUAGCAUUGAAUGGCCUUGCAGCUUCAAAGCCUGGCUGCUUCCUACCUUGGGCAAUCCUCUGUUGGGAGGUGUUAACUGGCCCAGAUUGUUUCCUGUCUGGAAUUCCCCUGUUUCAUGAGUGUUGUUCUUUAUUCAUGAGUGUUGUUUUUUAUUUACUGUUCUGAUUUUAGAGAUUUUUAAUACUGGUAGCCUGAUUUUGUUCAUUUCCAUGGUUUCCUCCUUUCUGUUGAAAUUGUCCACAUGCCUGUGGAUUUCAAUUGCUUCUCUGUGUAGUCUGACAUGGUGGUUGUUAGAAACUGGGACACUUUAGAAGCAGCUGAGAAAGUGGGAUGACAAAAGAUGAAUUGAAACUGUCUUUGCCAACUCAAGAUGGUUGGAGGGCGUCUUAGGGAUUCUGGGAGUUGUAGUGAAAAAACCAAUCCCUUUCCAAUCUCCAGAAUGAGCCAAUGCUCUGCUCAUUCUUUCCUUCCUCAAAUUCUGCAGCCCCACCAAGGUUUUCUGCCUUUGUUUCAGUCGGAUGAUGUUAGGAGAAACAAAUACCCCUUGAGUUAAUAAUAAGCCUUGGAAGAGAGUGUCUCGUUCUCCAGCCCAGCGCCUUUGAUGCCGCAGCAGCUUCAUGCAAGGAUCUGCCUCCAUUGUCAUUUGACUGACACAGCCCUUUCUAUAAAUUUGAGCAAUUAAGCAGCCCAGUAGCAGCUGGGAAAAAAGAGAGCUGCCGAGAGAGCAAACCCUGACAGAGGCUGUGUCACCGAGGCCAGAUCUCCCGAUCCGUGCAAAGGAGUAGCUUCAAUUGAGAACCCCAGUGGGAGAAAACGAGAGAUGCCCAUCAAGACAGCUGUAAAAGCCCAACGGGUGAUCCAGGGAUCUUUGUACCUCCUGAUCCUGGCUAGCUGUGUUCUUACCCUCAAACCAUCCGGUAUCAACCUGAGGACGUUCAUUGGCUGUGCCGUCCGGGAGUUCACUUUCCUGGCCAAGAAACCAGGCUGCAAGGGGAUGCGCAUCACCACCGAUGCCUGCUGGGGCCGUUGUGAGACCUGGGAGAAGCCGGUGCUGGAUCCCCCUUACGUUGAAGCGCACCACCGCGUCUGCACUUACAACGAAACUAAGCUGGUGACGGUGAAGCUGCCCAACUGUGCAGCCAACGUUAGUCCUUUCUACACAUACCCCAAGGCCAUCCGCUGUGACUGCAGCAUGUGUCUCACCACAACCACAGAGUGCGAGACCUUCUGAGUCCUCCAACCUCUGUAGUUUGAGCUGUUCUGUACCAUAUUUUGCCCCAGGAGAAACUGCAGUGCGGUGGUUCAGCUGGGUAAAUUGGGGCAGAAUGUAGCUGCUUGCUUGAAUUUGAAAUAUCUCCAUCUCCCAGGCUACAUUUUCAGAUCAGCUGUGGAAGCAUUGGAGCAACUUGCACUUUAUGAUCUUGUACACCUUAAAAGAGUGGUUUCCAACCUUUUUUUGACCAGGGACCACUCUCCAACGUUAGUACAAAAGGGUUACGAAUUAGUUUUUGGUCAACUUUAGAUUCGGUUUGGUUAUUUGGGGUGCUGAUUCACAAAAUUGCAUUGAACAGACCACAUCAGUUCUAGUUUCUGAUACAGAACAUAUGCCAUCCAAUAGUUGCCAUCUGCUCGCCCAGAGAAAAUCAUAUUUAAUAAUCUAGAGCUGACGUGGUCUAGCCAAUGCAAUGGUCAGCUCUGCAGAAAGGAGCAGAAAUAAAUAAAAUAAAAUAAAAUAAAAUAAAAUAAAAUAAAGAGGAAGGAGGACCACAUGUUGAGAACCACUGCCUUAGAGGCUUUGCACAUUGCCACUGAUUUAGGCAGAAUGAUUCUCCAGUUGCUUGCUGCUGUUGACAGGAUUUAUGCACAAUUCCCCCUUCUUUGACUAUGCCAUUUCCUAUUAUUCUUGACUGAGUAUACAACAGAUUCAAAAGAAAGAUUCAACAGAAAGGUAGAAUUGUUACUAUGUGCCUUCAAGUUGACUCCAACCUCUGGCAAACUUAUCAUAGGGUUUCCUUGGCAAGAUUUAGUCUAUGGAGGAUUUGUCGGCGGUGACGAUGCUGGGGUGAGACCCUGGUUGCCGUGCAGAGUGGGUUCCAAAAACCAUCAUCCCGGUCUCACCUCCUUCUCCAGGCUGUUUUCCCAUGCGGAGAAUCAGCACUGGUCAACAAACACUCCAGCAGGCGAAAUCCAACUGUUGUUUAACUUUAUUUACAUAACUAUUUAGUUGCAAUUAUUCACAAUAAAUCCCGGACACAUGGCUGUGUCUCCUCGGCUACAGAGCAUAGCAUUCAUAGUCCAUCUCCAGCGAAUGCUCAAGCCGAACACACACACUAACAGACGACACUCCCCUGCAUUCCACAGACCAAGAAGGAAGUCCCGGUCAAACAAACUCGACCCCAUUGGUCCUGUGAUACGUCAAUCAAAGCAGGUUCUUAUUAACUCCAUAGUUACUGAAAUGCCUUGCCGAAACUCACACAGAAGGCAUUUCUAACAGCCUAGAUUGAUUUCAACAUUUCACACAAUUCACAAUACCCUGACAGGAUUGCCUCUGAGGUUUAGAGUUGGAUUGGCCUGCAGUUACUCAGGGUUCGUCUUCACCAUAGAAUUAUUGCUGUUUGACACCACUUGGGGGCUCUUCCAACUCUAUAAUAGAGAAGAGAAGGCAGUGGCGGGGUGGAAAUAUCCCAGGAGGCUCAGGCAAAAGCAACCAGCUGCAUCCUCUCCUAGCCAGAGGAUUUAGAAGAAGAGGAAGGAGAAGGAGAAGGAAGAACAACCAGCUAAUAUCAGACCAUUUCUUCAUCACACAGAUGUUCCAAAAGUUUCAAGAUAGCAAAGAGAAUAAAGACCUGAGCUAAAGGUUUAGUGGAAGAAUAAUGUUUCAAGGGGGCAUUGCAAUGUAAUCAGAUUCUUUAAAUAAGAAUAAUGGCAUUGAGCAAGUUUACUAAAAGAUAAUGUUAAUUACAAAUUGGAAUGGGGCAUGUCAUUGUUGAGCAAAGACAAGUGAUUGCAAUGUCAUAUAAAGGACGCAUAACAGCAGUCAUAAAGGAGUUGUUCAUCUUGAUCACACUAUGAUGUUGCUUGAACACCUGUGUCUGUGUUUCCAUAUGUGAAAUGUUGGAGGGAGAGGCACUUCUUCAACCAUCUAGAUUACAGACCAUUUAGGGCCUCAAUUUAUCACAAUCAGAACCUUGAAUUCUGGCUAAAAGUGAAUUGACAGCCAGUGCAACUCCUUUGAACUCUGCAGAGAGAAGCAGACCAUGGAGUUGCACAGAGCAGCGGUCCCAAACUAGUAUUCCAUAACGCAUGAUAGGGGUUCCCUGACAAAUCCUUAAAAUCUUUAAAAAAAAACCUUUUAAAGAGUUCUGUGUCAAAGUAUGGUCUUAUCAAAAUCCAAUGUACUUCUGCUUUAAAAGCAAAAUUUGAAUCUGUGCCACUGAAUGAAUUUUGGGUAGGACUGGUAGACAAUGACAUAUAGCUGUCAUUAGCCGGAAAGGCUGUCUGAGCAAUGCUCCCCUUCAUGUCCAUCUAUUGAUUCAAAUCAGCCUUUUAAGCAUAUUUUUACACCAGGAAAAAAAAUUAGGAUUAAGUUGGAUGUCACCUUGAAUUUAUGUAAUCAGCUAUCAAACAUAAAGUCCAAUUUCAACACUAUUUUAAAUACAAAAAUGAAAUGGUUUCAUUCAUCACUUUAGAUGAAUAUUUUCUUGUACCAAAAUAAAAGUUUGUGGUUAUUUUUAAAA